GCGACACGCUUAUUGGUCCGCCCUCUCCCUGUUAUGUGCGGCGCGAUAUAUAAAAUAGAGGACUUGACUUUAUUGCUAAUUUGAGGCUGAAAUAAUACAACGCGUCGCUCUUACUGUGGUAUAAAAGCGAUUAACAAAACCCAUGAUCAACAGCAAUCUAUAUAUUACAAACUAUAAGGACCCAGACAUAAAUAUUAGUAGACUGGCAUUGCACCACGUGUGUCUCAUGUGCGGUUGACAAGCCAAUCAUGGCAAGAGAGAAUGACUUUGCUCCUCCCCUAAUCUUUGUAUAACGUCGCGGGUUUCAUCCUGGUAUCAGGCACCACGUCUUGGUCACUCAGGGGCUUUAGUCACAUUUUGUAAUCGUCAUAUAAGGUGUAUUUUACGCUCCUGGCUUUAGUUUAUGCUCUGAUAGUGUUCUGCACUUCUGAACCAGUUCCUCCCAUUUCUAUUCCAUAAACACUCGAGGAUACCGGUGGGAUAAGGGUUACUCGAGGCUAAGGAUAUUAUCAGGAAGAACUGAAAGAGAAGGCAAAGUUCAACAAAGAUGUUGCUUAAUUCUAUCGUAGCUGUGUGUCCUCCGAAGCAAGGCAUAGGGAAAGCUGGCUCUCUACCCUGGCCUCCCCUCAGGAAUGAAUUUAAACAUUUUCAACGGCUGACCAUGACAACUACAGUAAAAGGUAGACAAAAUGCUGUGAUAAUGGGUAGGAAAACAUGGUUCUCUAUUCCGGAAAAAAAUCGCCCUUUAAAAGAAAGAAUAAAUAUUGUGUUAAGCAAAGAACUUGAUAAGCCCCCUCAGGGUGCUCACCAUCUUGCAAAGAGUUUGGAUGACGCUAUAAAGAUUUUAGAGGAACCUGACAUAAAAGACAGUGUAGACCUUACCUGGAUCAUUGGGGGUAGUUCUCUAUAUAAGGAGGUUAUGGAAAAGCCAGUUAGCCAGAGAAUCUUUGUAACAAGAAUUUUGCAGGAAUUUGAGUGCGAUACCUUUUUACCAGAAAUUGAUUUGCAGUCAUACAAACUCCUUCCUGAAUUUCCUGGCAUACCCUCAGAGAUCCAAGAAGAAAAUGGUAUUCAAUACAAAUUUGAAGUCUAUGAAAAGUUACUAUAAACAGAAUUACCUUGACGAAGAUGUAGAAGUCUAGGAAUAUAUUUUUUCUUUAUUAUUAAUAAUAAAUAUCACUGGAUUUAUUCACAGUGUGUAAAGUU